GCAACUGACAAAAGCGCGGCGCCAUAUUGCAUGCUUGUGUUUGGUUACUGUUCUGGCGCGUGGUCGAGAAUUGUUGUAUUUAAUUAACUAUCAUGUCCGAUAAUCAGGAACAAAAACCCGAAGCCGGCCCAGGGGACGCGAAUUCCGAAUACAUCAAGCUUAAAGUCGUUGGAAAUGACAGCAAUGAAAUUCACUUUAGGGUAAAGAUGACCACUCAAAUGGGUAAACUCAAGAAAUCAUAUAGUGAUCGUGUGGGUGUACCUAUGACAUCGCUUAGGUUUCUGUUUGAUGGCAAAAGAAUUAAUGAUGAUGAAACACCAAAGCAGUUGGAAAUGGAAAAUGAUGAUGUUAUUGAGGUAUACCAAGAACAAACAGGUGGUCACUACUGAAGAAUUUGGACCUACUAUUCAGUUUUAACAUCUUUUAAAGUGAAAGUGACUAUCAUAAACAAAUGGACAAGUUUAUCGGUAUAUAUAUGUAUGUUAAAAAAAAAUAUGUAAUAAUUUGGUUUUUUUACGUAAUAUUUUGAUGUGCUGUUCUACAUUCCUGUAACAUGGCAAGUUUAAGGACCAUCAGCAGUUAGUUUCAUACAUUGUAUACAUUUAUCCACUUGAAGCAAAGCAAAAAAAAAAUAAUGGAAAUGAAAAUAGAAAAAGGAAUUAUGCCUUAAAGUCGUGAAUUUUGUCCAUUAAUUAUAACUAGCAAUGCAUUUGCAUUCUACACAUUUUGAAUUACUAGAUUUAGAUCGCGAGAAUUUCAAACAAUAAAGUUUUAGGUUCGUUAUUAAACAAUCGUAAAUAUUGUAUAAUGUGAACAUGAUUUCACAAAAUUAUUGCGUUUAAGGUACAUCUAUAAUAAAAGAAAUAAUUGUAAUAUUUUCCUUUUGCCUUUUUAAUGUAACAGUAACACUGAUAUUUGUAACUUUGAAACUGUACAUUUAUGAUGUCAACAAAAUUUGUUUCUUUUUCUGACAAACAUGAAAUAGUUCAAUGUAAGUAAUGUGGAUGCCUCUAAAAAUUAUAAUAAAUUUUAAUUACUAUAAAGGUAUUGCCAUAUUAGAUGUUGUAAUAGAAAAAUUUACCAUUUAAUAAGAUAUAUAUAUUAAAAGACACUACAUACAAUAUUUAAAUUUUGUUAAAACUAACAGUUAAGUAAAAUAUUUUUAAAUUUAUUGUUUCUUUUAACAUGUAUAAAUUUCGUUUUGAUUGUAUAAGAGCAUCCUCAUUACGGAAUUUUUAUUCAGUGCUUUAGUGAAACAAAAUUUUUACAAAUUGUAAUAAAAGUUAUUCUUGUACAGAUAAUUAAUAUAGUUUCUGUUUUCAUUAUUGAUACGUAAAAAUUGAUCGAUAUUUUUUUUCACUGUUAUGUAUGUAAACAAUAUUGGCUUUCAAAUAACAAUAAGGUUUUAAUAAAUAAUAAAAACAGUUUAAGUAGAUACGUUUAGGCGGAGUAAAUAGGUAUAAUAAUUAUUACUUUAAUAUUUCCCUUAAUGAAAUGUAGAACUUGUUGAAUGAUAAGGCUAAUUAAAUAAUUAUAAAAUACUAGACUACCCAUUUUCAUAAUAAGGGCAGAUGACUUUGAUAUAAAUGAAACUGUAAUAAUUACUACUAGCUUUAUGAUCAAAUUACCUUUACGUUCAUUCAGCUUAUCUGAUUUCACAAUCAUGUUUAUAUCUGUAAUAAUUAUCUAGAAAAUAAAUAAUUGUCUAUUGUU